AUGGUACAACCCCGGUUGUUAUCAAAAUAUGUCGCACAAUCUUUGACUCAAUCGAGGAGCUUCAGUAUUUCCUAUCCUACUAGAUCUUCUCAAUUGUCUGUUGCAAAAUUGCUUGGAACUUCUCCCGAGAAAGUAGAUGAGGUUAAAGUUAAUGUCAAUGGUUUCAUUCGUUCCAUUAGAAACCAGAAAAAGAUAUCGUUCGCUUCAAUUGGGGAUGGCUCAAGUGUGCAACCAUUACAAGCUCUUCUUACUCCACAACAAGCUGAAAGUCUUUCGACGGGUACAGCCGUACGCCUCACCGGAUACUGGAAACCUUCCCCGAACCAAAAGGCACAAAGCAAUGAAUUGCAUGUGCUUGAAGUAAAUGUUUUAGGUGCCGCAGAUCCUGCUACUUUUCCGCUACAAAACAAAUACCAUACGCCUGAAUACCUCCGCACCAUUCCUCAUUUGCGAACACGAACGCCAUUCAAUUCAGCAUUACUUCGAUUUCGAUCACAGAGCAUAGAUUUCCUCACACAGUUUUUCACUGACCAGGAUUAUGUCCAAACUCAUCCUCCCAUAAUUACAUCUUCGGACUGUGAAGGCGCAGGAGAAGUUUUUGAAGUGGGUAGCGCGCAUAAAGGGUCAAUUGGAAAAGGCGAUGAUGGAUCGUUCUUCAGAUCAUCAAAGUACUUGACUGUCUCAAGUCAACUACACUUGGAGGCUUUGGCUCAAUCGGUGGGAAGAGUAUGGACAUUAUCCCCUACAUUCCGAGCGGAAAAAAGUGACACACCAAGACAUUUGAGUGAGUUCUACAUGUUGGAAGCGGAGUGCAGUUUUGUUGAAAAAAUGGACAAUAUUAUGGACCUUGUCGAAAAUAUGCUCAGACAUUUAACGACGAAUCUAUAUUCUACUCAAGUUGGGAAAGAAAUUUUGGAAGCAAAGCGAAGCGGCGACGACGAAGCUGCUACUUUAAGAAGAAGACAGGAAUUGACAAGAAGAUGGGAAGGUAUGAUGAAGGGACCGUGGCCACGGAUUACCUACACGCAAGCCAUUGAAGAGCUUAGCAAAAGUGAACAAACUUUCGAACAUCCUCCUACCUGGGGUUUAGGUCUUCAAGCCGAACACGAGCGCUAUAUCGCUGACACGAUCGGACUUGGAUCGCCUGUUUUCGUAACAUCUUAUCCAAAAUGCAUCAAGCCAUUUUACAUGCUGCCUUCAGAAUCCUCAGAGGCCGAAACAUCUUCGGAGACCGUCGAAUGCUUUGAUCUUCUGGUCCCUGAGGUUUGUGAAAUCGCAGGAGGUUCUAUGCGUGAAUACAGAUUAUCAGAACUCAUUUCUGCGAUGCGGGCGAACGGUAUGGUACGUGGCGAUGCAGGAGAAGAAGAACUUGGUCCCUUGAAAUGGUACACAGAACUGAGACGCUGGGGAAGUGUACCUCAUGGAGGAUUUGGCUUGGGAUUCGAUAGACUGUUGGGAUAUCUUACCGGUGUGCAGAAUAUCAGAGAGAUUGUCACAUUUCCAAGGUGGGUUGGAAGAUGCGAUUGCUAA